UGCAACCCCGCACGAGGCGUGUAUCACACGCUUCCACCAAAGACUAGACCACCAGACCUAGAGCCCGGACUCCCAAAGCCCCUCUCCUAACCUUGUUCGAUGUUGACUCCCUCACACCGUGAACGAACCCUGAAGAACAAUACAUAAAGCAUGGCCCACAUCACCCCUAAUCCGUCCGACGACCAGGCCGGCGGAGGCCCUCUCCUCGGAGACGUGCUGGUGACGGGCGGCAGCGGCUUCCUCGGCUACCACCUGGUCGGGCAGCUCCUGGCCGACCCCGAGUGCGGCGCCGUGCACGUGCUGGACCGCGUUGCCGCCGGGUCGUCGUCGUCGGCCAACCACCACGCCGGCGCGACCUACCACGCCUGUAGCGUCGAGGACGCGGCCGGGGUGCGCGCGCUGCUGUCCUCGGCGCGCCCGCGCGUCGUCUUCCACUGCUCGUCGCCCAACUUCUCGUUCCCGGACGAGGCUGGGCGCGCGCGCGGCCGCGGCGCGGCGGCGGACCAGCUCGAGAGCAACGUCGACGGCACGCGCGUGCUGCUGGACGAGGCGCGCCGCUGCGGCUCCGUUGCCGCCCUCGUGCUCGCCGCCACCAUCGACAUGUACCGCAACCCGCCCCACGUCGACGGCGACGAGUCUCUGCCGACCUGGGCCGACGUGGACGACGGUCCCGGCCCGCCCGAGGAAGCCUACGCGCGCAGCAAGGCCGCCGCCCACAAGCUGGUCCUCGCCGCCAACGAGCCCGACUCCCUCUCCUCCUCCGCCUCUGGCCGCCCGCCUCUGAAGACGGCGUCCCUGGUGCUGGCGCACGCCUACGGCGAGCGCGACUCGCAGAUGGUGCGGACCAUGCUCGGGACCGCGGCGCGCCCGGGCGUGCCGUUCGUGCAGAUCGGCGCGGGCGGCAACGCCAUCGAGGUCGUCGACGUGGCCAACGCGGCCGCCGCCCUGCGCCUGGCCGCCAAGGCGCUGCUGGACCGGUCCCGGGCGUCGGGCCGCGUCGACGGCGAGGCCUUCAACGUGUCGGACGGCCGGCCCGUGCCCUUCUGGCACCACGUGCGCGUCAUGUACGACGCCGCGCAGCGCCACUACGGCACAAAGGGCGAGCCGCGCGUCGUCGUGGUGCCGGGCUGGGUCAUGCGGGCUGUCGUGUGGAUAGUGUACUGGACGUUGGCCAUCUUUACGCUGGGCCGCGUGAGGCCGCCCGUGUCCCUGAGCAGGCAGGCGCUGGUGUACUCGCUGCACUCGCACACGUACAGCACCCGCAAGAUCCGGGAGAGGCUCGGGUUCGAGCCCGCCUCGGAUCAUGAUGCGGUCGUCGCGGCGGCCAUGGAGUGGGAGCUGAAGCGCAGGGAGGCAGAAACGGGAACGGCGAAGAAGGUCGCCUAGACGGCUGGGAAAAGGAGAAAGGAACGAGUUGUCGUAUCUAUCUAGGAAGUGCAAAGUCUAGUUGAUCAUGUCUAGUGUGUGCGAACCGAAUCCCACGCCCCAAAAGUCAAACAAAUCCAGAAUCCCAAUUUGCCACCCCGUCGUCUGUUUACG